CGAGAGUUAUAUGCUGCCCAGGUUGGGUACUUGUACUUGUGAACGCUUAGGCGCAGUACAGUUCCAGCCGUUCGCGCAGCAGCAACUGGCUUUGUGCCAGCCACUUAAAAAGCCAAUUUCAAACGCAAAUCGGUGGACAAGUUUUUAUUGGUGUAGCUAUUUUGUUUGCGGAAAAUAUCCGAGAAGAAAGUGUGUGACCUAGCGGGAACUGGAGCGCGAUGUCGUUGGGAGUGGAAAUCUUCGACCUUCCGGCGAGGCAGUUCCGAGUGUUUUGGGGCGCUUCCGGUGAUCUGUGGCAGUCCCUGUGGGAUCGAGUGCUGGAUGUAACAGGUGACGACCCGUUCCGCCUAUGGAUCUUUGGUACCCUCAUCUACACCAUGACCCUGUACUGGACCAUCGGUUCCAUCUACACACUGCUCGACGUCACCAACCGGCCAGCCUUCAUGCGUCGCUUCAAGGUUCAACCGGGCACCAACGAACCCGUCGACAACGAUCGACUCCGGCGAGUCAUCCGUCAGGUCCUCUUCAACCAAGUCUUCACCGGUCUCCCGAUGCUGCUGGGUCUCUAUCACAUCCUCACCCCGCAAACCCCGGAACUGAUCCGGAAGCUGCCCACAUUUACCACUGUCCUGUGGCAACUCGCGGUUUGCAUCCUGAUCGAAGAACUUGGGUUCUACUACAGCCACCGGUUGCUUCACCACGGCCGAAUCUACCGGUUUAUCCACAAGCAGCACCACGAGUGGACCGCUCCGAUCGCCAUCACUGCGAUGUAUGCGCACCCCAUUGAGAACCUGAUCAGUAACUUGCUGCCGAUCGGAGUGGGCGUGUGGAGUACCGGAUGUCACAUCUCCGUAGCGUGGCUUUGGUUCACGUUGGCCAUUUCCAACACAUUGCACGUUCACUCUGGAUACCAUCUGCCGUUCCUGCCUAGCCCGGAACAGCAUGAUUUCCACCAUUUGAAAUUUAACCAAUGCUUCGGCGUGCUCGGAGUCCUAGACUGGCUCCACGGCACCAGCAGCAUGUUCAUGAGCUCGAAGCAAGCCGAACGGGACUACAUCAUGACCGGAUUCCGACCGGUGCGUGAGGUUCAUCCCGAUCAGGAGAAGGCAGCGAUCGGGAAAAACAAGUAGAGGGAGCUGAGAGACGAGAUCUUUGCACAAAGCUCGAAGGCGUGGAGUUACAAGUCAAUGCAAUUGAAAAAAUGACAUUUAAAAGUGCUUUAUCGAUAUUACUAAGUGAAAGUGAUGUUUUUAUAUUGGGAUACAAUCUCGUGAAAUAAAGAUUAGGAGACAAUAUUAAA